UUAUCAUUAGAACCAAUCAAAUUUGCAGUUGUUUCUGAAAAAAUGGAAUUUGUGAACUCCUCUCCACCAAGAUAUGAAUGUCUCCUCUUUGAUUUGGAUGAUACACUUUACCCUUUCAGCUCUCGUUUAUCAGACGCAUGCACCAACAACAUUAUAGAAUUCAUGAUUCAAAAGCUUGGAAUAGAUGAAGAGGGAGUAGUUGAACUAAAUGAUAUUCUUUAUAAGAAACAUGGAACUACAAUGGCUGGCCUUAAGGCGAUAGGUUAUGAAUUCGACAAUGACGAGUACCACAGCUAUGUUCAUGGGAGAUUACCUUAUGAGAACCUUAAACCGGACCCGGUUCUGAGAAAUCUCCUCAUUACUCUACCUUUCCGGAAAUUGGUGUUCUCAAAUGGAGAUGAUGCUCAUGUGAAGAAGGCUCUGAAAAGACUCGGCAUCGAAGAUUGUUUUGAGAGAAUUAUAAGUUUCGAGACCUUAAACCCUAAGACCGACGAUGCUGAGCUUUCUUGCGUCAUAGGCCAUCUUCCCGAGAAUCCGGUUAUCUGUAAACCUACCGAGAUUGCUUUUGAGAAAGCAUUCGACAUUGCACAGCUCAAUCCUCACAAAACCUUGUUCUUCGACGAUAGUAUCCGGAACAUCCAAACCGGAAAAUCCGUUGGUCUCCAUACAGUCUUGGUUGGUAAAUCAGAAAAAGUGGAAGGAAGUGAUUACGCGUUAGAAAGCAUUCACAACAUGAAAGAGGCAUUUCCGGAGUUGUGGUCGGAAUCAAACAUCAACAACAAAGCAUCUGAAAGAAUUGUUUACGCUGCACAGAUCUCAAUUGAAACUACUAUUCAAGCUUAAAACUUUACAUGUGCUCCCUUCCUGCUCAGGAUAUAAUUUCCAUAUUUAAUAAUUGUUUCAAUAAAAUAUAUAUAUAUCCAUGCACCUUGUA